AUGGCAUCCUCGUGGUAUGCCCAGCCGGCCUCCCCCCAGCAGCGCCGUCGGCCUCCCAUCGCCUCCGCCGCCUUCGGCACCCCGACCGUCCUUUCCUCCGCACAGCAGGCAAAAUGUGAUUCGGACGUCUUAGAGGAUUCGAAUCCGCCUACUGGCGAUCCUUUCUACAUCGAGCCCCUCGUUUGGAACCCCUCGUUUGGAGCCCCUCGUUUGGAGCCCCUCGUUAGGAGCCCCUCGUUAGGAGCCCCUCGUUUGGAGCCCCUCGAGCCCCUCGUUUGGAGCCCCUCGUUUGGAGCCCCUCGUUUGGAGCCCCUCGUUAGGAGCCCCUCGUUAGGAGCCCCUCGCUUGGAGCCCCUCGUUAGGAGCCCCUCGUUAGGAGCCCCUCGCUUGGAGCCCCUCGAGCCCCUCGUUAGGAGCCCCUCGUUAGGAGCCCCUCGUUUGGAGCCCCUCGUUUGGAGCCCCUCGUUUGGAGCCCCUCGUUUGGAGCCCCUCGUUAGGCGCCCCUCGUUAGGCGCCCCUCGUUUGGAGCCCCUCGUUAGGAGCCCCUCGUUAGGAGCCCCUCGCUUGGAGCCCCUCGUUAGGAGCCCCUCGUUAGGAGCCCCUCGCUUGGAGCCCCUCGUUAGGAGCCCCUCGUUUGGAGCCCCUCGUUUGGAGCCCCUCCUUUGGAGCCCCUCGUUAGGAGCCCCUCGCUUGGAGCCCCUCGUUAGGAGCCCCUCGUUUAGAGCCCCUCGUUAG